GGGGGGCAGGACCCCCUCCCUCGCCCUGCUGCCCGCCCUGCUGGGGAUGCCGCCCCGGGGAUGGUUGGCUUCGGGGCUGCGAGCGCACAUGGCCGGCUCGUGUCCAGCUUUUCACCCCCCAGCACCCCCAAGUCCCUCUCCGCAGGGCUGCUCCCAUCCCCCCACCCCCAGCCUGUGCGGAUACCGGGGGUGGCCCCGGCCCAGGGGCAGGACCUUGCCCUUGGCCCUGUUGAACCCCAUGGGCUCUCCCAGGCCCCCCCUCCGGCGUGUCCCGGUCCCUGUGGAUGGCGCCCCGUCCCUCUGGCGCGCCGCCUGCCCCGCUCAGCGUGCCGCCACCUGCGAACGCCCCGAGGGUGCGCUCGGUCGUUGGUGGGAGCGUUACACAGCCCGGGCCCCGCACGGGCCCGCGGGCCGCCGCUCGGUCGCGCCUGCUCCCCCAGCACGCCAAGGUGCUGAGCGCGGCCGCAUCCCUCCUCUCGGCCGCCACCGCGACUUCGGUCCCCCGCAGAGCGGCCCCGGCAAGGCUGCGGACGCGGGCUCCGGGGUUCCGACGCGGCUGCGGCAGCUCCCGGGCAGCGGGAGCGGCCGGGCCGGUCCCUCGCCGGGGGAGCGGGGCCGCCGGCGGGAAGGCGCUGUGGGCGGGAGCCCGCCCCUCGCCGGAGCGGGAAGCGGCCGCCCCGCCCCCGCCCCCGCCGCCGCUCCGCCCGCCAUGGCGCUCUCGCACGCCGGUACGGAGGAGCCUGAGGAGCCCUCGCCGCGCACCCGGCAGCGGAUGCAGGAGUCCACCCCGCCGGGGACGGCCGCGCUGCAGCCCAGCCCGGAGCAGGCCGGGCGGCGAGCCGCCUCGGCGCGGCAGCUGCGGGUGCUGCUCACGCCGCUGGCCGUGGCGGGCCGGCGGCUGCCGCAGAAGCGGCUGCUGCGCGCCUACGGCGGCGGGGCGGGCAGGGCCGCGGCCGGCAAGAGGCUCUGCCUGGAGCCCCCCCCGGCCCGCGCCGGCCCGCCGGAGCCCGCCUCGCCCCCCGCCGCCCCCGCCGCGGGCACCGGCCCGGGGGGCGCCUGGGACGCGGAGAGCGACGGGAGCGACGCGGGAGAGGCUCCUCCGGAUGAAUACUCACAGUUAUCAGCUUAUGAAAGGAAAAGACUAAAGAACAUCACGGAAAAUGCUAAAUUCUUUGCUGCUUUAAAGCUGCAUGAGUCAGCUGCAAGACUUCACCAAAUUGCAACUAAAAGACAAUCUCAUGUCACCAAAAGAGCUAAGCCUAAAAAAGCAGAAGAUGAAACCGUUCGACGAAGAUCCAUGCGCUUACAGAGAGUAGAGCCAUCGGGAAUUCCGAUGCCGGAGAUGCCUGCCCAGCCAGGAGCAGAGGAACAACCUGAGGUUCCAGCCGGACCUUUGCCAAUGGUUCCAGAAGAUCAGACGGGGAACAGUAAAUUGACAGAGGACUUACUGGCUACGUGGAUGAGGAUAAGUGAGAUCAAAGCUAAUGGUACUGAAAAGCGCACGUGUGACAUAAAAAGAUACCAAGACAGCCUGAACAGCAUGGUCCUCAGUGAAGAUAAUAUUAAAAAGGUUGUGAAAUAUCGAGUGGCUUCUAUGGCUAUCCAUCCUUCGGAAAGCAUCAUCUUGGUGGCAGCUGGAGACAAGUCCGGGCAGAUCGGUCUCUGGAACGUGAACUGUAAGUCUGAAGAAGGAGCACAGGUCUUUGUUGCACACAACUAUGUGGUCAGCUGCAUGCACUUUUCUCCAUUUAAUCCUGCUCACUUGCUGUCUCUAAGCAAUGACACGCUGCGAUGUGGAGAUGUUACCAGAGCAGUCUUUGAUGAGGUAUGCAGAAGUGAAGGAAACCUAUCUUGCUUUGACUUCUUGGAAGAUAAUGCCUCCACUGCAAUAGUCGGAUACUGGGAUGGCGACGUUGCCGUUGUGGACAGACGGACGCCAGGAGCGUCUCUAGAGCUUUCUGCAGACAUCGGCUUCAGAAGAACGAGGACAGUCCAUGUUCACCCAGUGAAUAAACAGUAUUUCGUUGCUGCUGGCUCAGUGGAUGUUUGUAUUUUUGAUGUUCGAUACCUGAAGGCUAAGGGGAACAAGCCUGUGAGCUCUCUUAAAGGCCACACAAAAAGUGUUGCUUCUGCAUAUUUCUCACCUGUAACUGGGAACAGAGUAGUGACGGUGUGCGCUGAUGAUAAGCUGAGGGUCUACGACACCACCGCUUUGUCGCCGGCGGCCGCGGUUCUCAGCUCCGUCAGUCGUAACAAUAACACGGGACGCUGGCUAACUAGGUUCAGAGCAAUAUGGGACCCUAAGCAGGAAGACUGCUUCGUGGUGGGCAGCAUGGCGCAACCGAGACAAAUAGAAGUCUUCCAAGAUACUGGAAAAUUGUUGCACGCUUUUUAUAACCUUGACUGCCUUGGCUCCGUGUGCUCCAUUAACGUGGUUCAUCCCAGUAAGAACAUCUUAGUGGGUGGCAACUCCAGUGGCCGCCUUCAUGUGUUCAAAGAAUAGAAAAAGUGGCUCGGAUACAUUUUUCUUUUUCCUUUUUGCAUUAAAUUUUGUUUAAUCUGUAUUAAGUUGUUGCUAAACUAACUGUAUUUUCUCAGGACAGAAGUGUAUUUUAAAAGCUUUAAAAUAAAUCCUCUAAACUACC